ACAAACUUCAACGCCCCCACCUGCUUUCACUCCCUCAACAGCGCAACGACACUCGAAUUUCCACUGUCUUAAACCCCUCUCAACGCGACUUAUUCGCAUUUCUUCACCAUGAGCGAUUGGGACAACGUUACUCGCAUCGGCCAGAAGCACACUGGUGGUGGCGCGCCCCGUGAAACCACUGUCCGGGGUAAGAGCGCUCUGAAUGCCGCUCAGCGCCAGGGUCUUGUUGUUGGUACUGAGAAGAAGUACGCUACUGGUAAUGCUUCUGCCAAGUCAGGCGGUAGCGAAGGCCAGCACUUGACAAAGGUUGACCGCAGCGAUGACAUCGUCAAGCCUAAGACCAUCGGCAACCAAGUCGCAGACGCCAUCAAGAAGCGCCGCAAUGAGGAACCCUACAAGAUGACACAGAAGGAACUCGCGACCAAGUGCAACACCACCGCCACUGUUAUCCAGGACUUUGAGAAGGGCACCGCCACUCCCGACCAGAAAGUUCUGAGCGCAAUGGAGCGCGUGCUCAACGUUAAGCUGCGGGGCUCGGACAUCGGGAAAGAAAAGUUCACCAAAAAGAAGUAAAUGGUGACCGGGGGUGAGCCCGCGGCUUUUCUUAAGGGAGGUUGAUGUUAAUGUCAAAAAAUAAUGAAAAUACCACGUCUGUUUUCUUUUUCGGCCGGAUGUCUCGAGCCUUAGCUGUUGUGUUUUAUCAUUCCCCGUUUCUGCUGGUCGGAAGGGCCAUUUCUUGGCAUUAGUUAGGAAGCAAUGUACAUUCUUCAUUCACAUUUGAAUUUGAUAUACUUCAGAAGACUAAACAUUCAAGAAUUUUCUGGACUUUA